AUGACUCACUCCCCACCAAACUGGAUUAUACAGAAAUUUGGUGGUACUUCCAUUGGCAGGGCUCUUGAUUCCAUCGUUGACCACAUCGUCCCCCAAUACUUCCCUGCUUCAAACGUCGUUCUCGUUUGUAGCGCUAGAUCCGGUGCCUCCAAGGACACCGGCACCACCAAUCUUCUCUUAAAAGCCGCGACCGAGGCUCUCACUCCGCGGAAUAGCCCAAACUCUCCUUCCGCUCCAGGAACUCCAGGCACUCCAUCUGCCCUCACUAGACCCAGGUUCGGCAGUCCCCAGCAAUCCAGAUCUGCGUCUCCCACAGGCUUCAGCCAUAGCAACCUCGACGACAGCCUUAGAAAGCUCUCUCUCUCCAGAAGCACGCUCGAUCAACCUGACUUUGUCCUUACCGCCAACAUACUCCGUGAGGAGCACUUCAGCGCGGCAAGAGACUUGAUCAAGAAUGACAACGUUAGAAUAUCUGUUGAGGCUGAUAUCUCUGCUGACUGUGACAGCCUCUGCGAAUUCCUCAACGCAGCUCAAAUCAUCGACGAAAUUAGUCCUCGUUCCAAAGACGCUAUUGUUGGUCUUGGUGAGCGUUUGGCCUGUCGUUUAGUUUGCGCUGCACUCGCUGAUCGUGGAAUACCCAACGAGCUUGUCAGUUUGGAGGGUGUUGUCGAUGCUUUUGUCGAAGGCGGCUGCUCCUCCGAUGACAACAACAACACUACACUCGACCAAGGCUUCUACACCAGACUGGCACAGAGGCUGGGAGAGCGUCUGCGCAAGUGUGAUGGUAAGGUUCCCGUCGUCACUGGUUUCUUCGGCCCCGUCCCCGGUUCUCUCUUACAGCAAGUGGGGAGAGGUUACACCGACCUCUGUGCGGCGUUGUGUGCUGUCGGUUUGAAUGGCGGUGAGCUGCAGAUUUGGAAAGAGGUUGACGGUAUCUUCACCGCAGAUCCCCGCAAAGUCGUUACAGCUCGUCUUGUCCCCAUCAUCACUCCAGACGAGGCUGCUGAGUUGACUUACUACGGCAGCGAGGUCAUCCACCCCUUCACAAUGGACCAGGUCAUUAGAGCCUCCAUCCCGAUUCGCAUAAAAAACGUCCUCAAUCCACUCGGUCCUGGUACCGUUAUCUUCCCUGACGCGAACAACGCCCACGACGCUCGUAACGCACACAACCCUGGCGAAGAAGCAAGCGAGGCUGUCAAAGCGCAGCAUUCAGGCAUCGUAUCGAGCAAAUUGCCCACAGCUGUAACCGUAAAGGACAACAUACUAGUUCUCAACGUGCACUCGAAUAGGAAGACAAUGUCACAUGGCUUCCUGGCCAAGAUAUUCACUACUCUCGAUAGAUAUGGUGUGUGUGUGGAUCUUAUUAGCACGUCUGAAGUGCACGUCAGUAUGGCUAUCCACGGAUCGAAUUCGAGCAAGCGCUCGUUCGAUAGACUGGUCAAAGAGCUCGAGUCUAUUGGGACCGUCGAUGUGCAUGAAGAUAUGGCCAUCUUGUCUCUCGUUGGUCGCGCUAUGAAACACGCUGUCGGUAUCGCUGGAAAAAUGUUCAGCGUGCUCGCUGCGGGGAAUGUCAAUAUCGAGAUGAUUUCACAGGGUGCGUCUGAGAUCAAUAUUUCGUGCGUCGUGCAGGAAUUGGAUGCAAUCAAGGCAAUGAAUAUCAUACAUCAGGCCUGUUUAAACAUCAACAGUAACAGCAUCUAA